CUGGCUCUAAAACAGCUGACUGAAAUUUACAAAAUAUUAGACAAUUUGUUUUUAAGACUUAAAUUGCUUAUAACUCGAUUUAAUUUCUUAAAUUGCUUCCCAAUAGAUGGAUAAACGACUAAAUAUUUGAUUUAAAAUAUUCAGUAAUAGGCGGCCAGUCAGCUGUUCCAUUGGACACCAAAGGGGAAGUUCCCUGAGAAGCACUCCUCAUAAAAAAGGGAAAUUCGAUUAUCUGAAAGGAAAAUCCAAUCAAUUUCCACAAAACCACUUUCGGGAGAUAACUGCCCACUUACUCGGACCUGUAGACCACUGGGAUCGAGGGAGAGGAAGAGGAGCCACCCCAGGAGUAGCUGCAUCCAAUGCUCCAGGCGCACUUUCCCCAAGGAACCGCAUCCAGCGCCAUGCCCGCUUCUCGGAAGGAUCCCGGCCAGCGGUGGCUGUGAUGGAGCGCUAGGUAGUGGCCAGGAUGUGGCCAGCUGCCCUGACCCGCCUGCUGCGACGCCGUAUUGUGUACAUCGUGCUGGCGCUGCUGCUGCUGGUCUACGGAUUCGGACACCUCGUGGAUCGGAACUCGUUCGCCGGCCUGCACAACGACGAGUAUGUGGUGCAGCGCACACGCCCGCUGCUCUGGACGCAGCAGCUCCUUGCGCCCGAGGAGCAGCUCAACCGCACGCGCGGCGAUCCGGAGGCCCGGUGCCGCAACUCCGUCCAGGGCCGCCGGCUGCUGGCCGACGAGCGCGGCUUCGUGUGCCGGCGCCAGGAGGUGCUAGCCAGCGGCUGCUGCAACCUGGAACUGCCCGGCAUCGGGUACUACAGCUGCCGCACCUGCAACACCAGCACCCACUGCUGCGGCGUCUACGAGUACUGCGUCUCCUGCUGCCUGCACCCCGGCCAGCAGCCGCUGCUGGAGCGCGUCCUGCGGGCGCCCAACACGCCCAAGUACAUCUUCGCCAGCGUCGCCGAUCACUUCGAGUUGUGCCUGGUCAAGUGCCGCACCAACUCGCACUCCGUGGAGCACGAGAACAAGUACCGCGAUGCGGCGGCCAAGCACUGCUACGGCCUCACCGAGGCCCACGAGUCGCAGCGCAAUGUGGCGCCCCAGGGCGCGAUCCGGAGCUGACCACGGGUCCUCCGCGUUGAGAUUUCUUCUGUACAAAGAUGUGGGCUUGAGCUUUACCUCGGACUGUGUAGAACUAGGGAGUUUUUAGUUAUCUUAAGCAGCACUCUAGAUCACGAACAAUAUGAUUUCCCUGCACAUAUAAUCAAAGUUUAGUUUUAGUAGAUACUACCUUCUUUCCACAAAUCGAAUUUAUUUAUCAGCUUCCCCUUGUCGUGACCCUUGAGCAGAUAUUGUACAUAAGCCGGGAACUAUUCCAGGUGAUCAAGAGCCCCAUGAACACGGUGACCAGCUCUCUUCCACUCCAAGCCUGUCCCACAGCGCUGUCGGCCUCAUUGCUACCCAGCAAUGUGUAAAUACUUCAUAGCUAGCCCUAAGCCCAGGAAAGUGCAAUUUUUGACUCGACGAUUAUACUAUCCAUCCAUGGGUGUGUAAAUACGAAUAAACGAGCGGCAUUUAAAUAAAAGACGGCGGUGGUUUUUGUAA